AUGAUUAUACCGAUAGUUGUAGCUCUGGUCUAUGUUCUAGGCUAUGCGAGCGCCACUGCAGAAUCACAGGCCCUGGCAAAUAGUAGACGCUCGCUGUACAAGGAGUACAAGAACCAGCUGGAUGCUUCAUUGGAGAAACUGCCUUCCGGAAACACAUUGGACGACGAGGAGCUAUAUGACAACUAUAUAAAACAGCUUGCCGGCUACUGUCAAAUUUCGUACUGUCUGAACGACGAAGGAGGACUUGCUGAGCUUAAGCACAAUGAGCUAGUCUUUCCAGAUAAGCUGGUUCCCUACACACCAAUUGAUUACAAGGAAGUAUACGUGGAUAGUUCGGGACACACAAAUAUUCGGUACAAUCUCACAAAGCUCUUUGACAACGUGGAGGAACCUGGCAGAAUUAUCACCCAUGGUGGGGGUGAAGGCUACAUGCUGCUGGACCAUAAGCUACGUACCAUCAAUAUCGUCUUCCGAGGCACGCGAGAAUUUUCACAAUGGUAUACCAACCUCCAUUUCAAGCCUGGCAGAUACCGGCCCGUUAUGAACAGUUCUGAAUAUUGGGACCAGAUCAAUUAUCGCCACAAUAAAGUGCUACAGGAAAAUAUGGUACGAAAUAUGAACGAUCACAACUACUUUGACUGUUCUCUCUCCUACGCCCAUGCAGGAUUUACCUAUGUUGCGCGUGGAAUGGCCUUGCAGGUUCAUAAUGAGCUCUUCAAAUGGUUGCAAGAGUAUCCAGAUUACAAAGUGCUAGUCACGGGACAUUCCAUGGGAGGAGCUCUGGCUCAGCUGACGUCUUUGGACUUGCAUAUUCUUGGAAUAGACAAUUUCAUGGUCAGCUUCAACGCCCCCUCUGUGUUUUCUCACACAUUGGCAGCGGCCUACACCAGUCUAGUUGACCAGUCUCCUAAUUCUGCAGCUCUACGAGUUUACCACUUCUACGAUCUUGUUCCGCGCAUUCUGCCGUACUCACUCUAUAGGCAUGUCGGUGUUCCGAUUGUCACGUUCAAACGUGAAUUGCCGCACGCCUAUACAGACUUCCGUGUUACUUCCAGCAGCAGGCUACAUGGUAGCAGCCAGGAAUCUGAGCUGGCCGAUUUCGACGAAACCUCAUCCUUUCUCGCCCAGGGAAUUAAAGACUACCUGAAGGAACUUUGGCGUCGCAGACCCGAAAUUCUCGACCCUUUCUAUCACCGACACCUGGUGGUGUUUUUCUCAGCCUGUAACGACUGCUGA